GAGCAGUAUAUGAAGGUCAUAUUAUUUAUCAUGUCCUUGCAGUCUGAUGUAUGGCGCCCUUCCCUCAUUGUCUCAAGUGCUCUUUCUGUAUGGGAAACUCAGUUCUUGCGUCUAGCACCAUCUAUCAAUGUUGUUGUCUAUAGUGGGAACAGUGAUGUCCGGAAGAGUAUCCGUGCACUGGAAUUUUAUGAGGAAAGUGGUUGUGUAAUGUUUCAAGUCCUCCUGUCUACUCCAGAUGCUAUUGUUGAGGAUUUGGAAGUUUUAGAAUGCCUAGGAUGGGAAGCAUUGGUAGUUGAUGACUGCCAACAGUCCCGAGUGUCAAAAUAUUGUGAGCAAAUGAAAUGUUUAUCAACUGAUUUUAGGCUUCUUGUUGCCAGUGGUCAAAUAAAGGAUAGCCUUGCUGAUUACCUCAAUCUGCUGGCAUUUCUUGAUUCUGGGGUUGAAGGGGCCAGCCCUGAUGGUUUGAAGGUUGAUUCCAGUGAUAAUAUUGGUAAACUGAAAGAGCGCUUGACACAGUUUGUUCCAUUUGAGUGCAAAUCUGAAUCUUCUAAGUUUGUAGAGUAUUGGGUUCCUGUUGAGCUUUCCAGCGUGCAGCUUGAGCAUUAUUGUUUUACUUUAUUUUCAAACGAACUGUCUCUUCGAUCAUGUUCAAAGAACGAUUCUGUUGGGACCCUUCGUGAUAUACUUAUUUCUGUGCGGAAGUGCUGUGACCAUCCCUAUCUUUUGGAGCCUUCUUUGCAAAGCUUGCUUACUAAAGGUCUUCCUGAGGUGGAGUAUUUGGAUGUUGGAAUAAAAGCAAGCGGCAAGCUGCAACUUCUUGACAAGUUUCUUCAAGAGAUAAAAAGGCGUGGCUUAAGAGCACUGAUCCUUUUUCAGUCAUUUGGUGGAUCUAGGCUUGGAGAUAUUUUGGAUGACUUUCUGCGGCAAAGAUUUGGGUUAGAUUCUUAUGAACAUGUUGAUGGAUUGGUCAGUUCAAAGAAGAAGCAAGCUGCCGUCAACAUGUUUAACAAUAAGGAGAGAGGGAGAUUUGUGUUUCUGUUAGAAAAUCGUGCUUGCCACCAAAGCAUUAAACUUUCAUCAGUGGACAUUAUUAUUUUGUUUGAUAGUGAUUGGAACCCACUGAAUGAUUUAAGAGGCUUGCAGAGGAUCCAUAUUGAUUCACAGCUCGAACAGCUAAAAGUAUUUCGUUUAUAUACAUCUCGUACUGUUGAAGAAAAAAUUCUAAGUCUUGUAAAACAAGAUAUAUCUCUUGAUAGCAAUAUACACAAUGUAAGCCAUAAUACUUGUCAGAUGCUGCUUAUUUGGGGUGCCUCCUAUCUAUUUGGUAAAUUGGAUGGGUUCCAUGGUGGUAAUACCUCACCUUCAUAUUUAAAUAUUUUGUCCAAUGAGCCAUUUAUGAAUGCUGUAGUGGAGGAAUUAUUAAUACAUUUACCCCAAAAUGCUGAAAACAGUGGAAAAAACAACUGUUCAUUCAUUUCAAAGGUUAAACAAAGUGGUGCAACCUAUUCAAGGGAUAUUCCUUUACUUGGAGAGAGUGAAAUGCAGUUGAGGGAUGAAGAGCCACCCCAUGUUUUUUGGACAAAAUUACUGCAGGGAAGGUAUCCUCGCUGGAGAUAUUUGUCUGGAUCGUCGCCUAGGAUACGAAAAAGAGUGCAGUAUUUUGAAGGGUCACCAAGAAAAUCAGGCGUUGUGGGUGAUGAAGCUAUAAAGAAGUGCAAGAAAGUAGCUGACAAUACCAUCAAUCCACUCUCUCUGAAGCGUUGGAUAGAAGACAAAAGAAAAUUACUUUCUGAGGGCAAGGAAGGAACAUCUGGAGCUCAAGCUGGCAAUGGGUCUCAAUCUUUGCCAAUAUCAGCUGUUAUGAGUGAUAAAAAUCAUGUGUGUUCCAUGCCUAAUGAAAUUUCAAGUGUAUCAGGAACGAACUUAGUUGAAUCUACAAAAAGAAGAAAACUACGUGAUGCUCAGAAGAGUCUCCAUCUGUUACUGAAGCCAGAGAUAUCAAAACUCUGUGAAAUCCUAAAUCUUCCUGGGUGCAUCAAGGUUAUGGCUGGAAGGUUUCUUGAAUAUAUAAUGAAUAAUCAUCAUGUCAAUAGAGAACCAGUGGCCAUAUUACAGGCUUUUCAGAUCUCUGUGUGUUGGACAGCUGCUGCUUCUUUUAAACACAAGAUUGACCACAAGGAAUCACUUGCACAUGUAAAACAGCUUUUGAAUUUUGAAUGCAAGGAGGAAGAGGUUGAAUUUAUUUUUUCAAAAUUGUGGAUGCUGAAGAAAAUGUUUCAUUCUGUAGAAGAUAGUUCACCUAAAAUGAAAAAUGUUUCAGAAAUCCUUCUGUGUGCUAGCUCUUCCCAAUCAAUGACAUCUGCCCAGGAAGAGUUUGGAGGAGAGAUCAGAGAUAGCUCUCAGAGUUGUAACUUUCCUCAAUAUGUUCCUGCCAAGCAGGAACAGGCAACUGAUUUUGAUAAAACUAGUUGGUCAGAGAAGAAUGAUUUCCUGAAUAUUAGCCAAUUUAAGAAAAUUUGUGCCAAGAGGAUAAAGAAGCUCCUUCAGAAGCAACAGGAAGAAGUUCAGAAAUUCAAUGAAAUCAGGCAGAAGGAAAAAGCAAAGCUGGAGGAAGAGUUAACAUUGAAGUUGGUUCUUAUCCACGCGGUAGAUGAACACAUCUCCAUUAGAUUAGAUAAGAUGAAGAAGGCAGAGCAAGACCAUGCAAAGAAGAUAGAAGAGAACAAUCGGCGUUGGGAAGUACUCAGGAAAAAUCUUGAGGCUUUGCAGCUGGUGGCAAGGAAUGGGGAGCAGCAGAUGAAUGCUCAUUGGUUGGAGCAAGCCAAGUCUGGGAAAUCAGUUGGGCCAUUUGCUAAUCUUCCUUUGCCGGUUUCUGGGUUCAGGUUGGAAGAAAUGAUGGCUUGUGAGGGGGGUGCCACCCAAAUUUCUGGGCCUCCUUCAAAAAAAUCUGAUCCUAACAUUACUUUUCCAACCAAGCCAGGUGAGGGUCUACCAUCUAGAGUAACAAAAACUAUUCCAAAUAAAACCACAGAGGGCAGUGGAAUGGAUGCUACUCUUAUCAUGCAGCCUAACAGAGAGGAUGGUGUAAUGGAUGCUACUGUCGUCGUUCAAUUUAUUGGGGACAGUAACAGAAUGGGUGCUAUGCUUGACAGGCAGCCCAAUAGAGAGGAUGAUGGAGUGGAUGCUACUGUUGCCAUGCAGUCUAAUGAAGAUAGAAACAGAUUAGAUACUACACUUGACAUGCAGCCUAGUAGGGUGGAUGUUCGAGGUGGUGCUAAUAGUCUUGACAUGCAGUCUAAUGAAGAUAAAAGUGGAUUGGAUGGUACAAUUGCCAUGCAUUCUGUUAGAGUUGACAAGGGAGUAGAUACUACAGUUGCCAUGCAGCCUCAUAAAGACAAUGAAAUGGAUACUACUUAUAGCAUGGAGUCUUGUAGAGAGGACAAUGCAAUGGAUGUUUCAGCCUCAAAAAGGGAAAUUCUUGCUGGAGAUGAGCAACACAAUAGGGCAGACUGUUCCAAUAGUUCCUUGGAGCCAACUCAGAUUGACUCACAUUCUAUGGCUCAGCCACAUGUUACAACUGCCCAGAACAGUUCAUCGGCAUUGGAUGUGUUACCUCAUGUUGAGCAUUGUGAGCCACCCACAGAAGCUGCAGUGCUAGAUGAAGCUGCGCCAAGUUGUGAAAUGCAAAAUACUCCUGAACAUGUCCAGGUUCCAUCACAUCAGCCAGCUGAUGUUUUACCUUCUGAUGAAUCUAAUCAUGAUACAUCUGUUAUGGAACCUGUUCAACAAUUGCCACUGCUUUUGUCUGUGGACCCACCCUCUACUGCAUGUGAUCAACAAGAUGAUUCUGUAAUGGGGACCUGUCAUGUGACAACUAAUGAGGACCAUACUUCCUACCAACAGGCUCAAAUUCAGGAACCACUAAUGGAAAAUCCAGCGGAGUCAUCUAAUCACUCUGAUUCUACACCACCGGUUGAGGACCAUUCUGAGCCAUCUCACUCUCUUCCACAACCCAUUGCCCCUUGGCCACUGCACCUGCCUGUGGAAAGGCCUUCAGUUGGAAGCGGGGCAUUACCAUCAGACACUAGCAUGACCACUAUUCCAGAGUCAAGUAAUUGUCCACAAAUUAUACAUUUAGUUGGAAGCGGCACAUAUUUGUCGGUUACUGGAGGUGUGGGGACUGUUCCAGAAUCCAGCAACCAUCCACCACAACCAACGGCUGUUGCAACCCAAACGUGUCAGCCAGGGAACUGUGAUCCACUUCAACGUGAAAUAGAAAGAUUACAGAAGGAAAAGGAGCAGACCAUCAAAUUCCAUGGAGAUCUGAAAUUGCAGCUCGAAUCUGAAUGCGAGAAGGAGUUAGAAGAUGUUCAUAGGAAGUAUGCUGCUUUGCUUCAAGAGGCUGAGAGUACACUGGUGCAGAGGACAAAGGCAUUGGAUGCAAACUACAACAACGUUUUUAUGAAUAAGAUGUUGGCCCAUGCAUUCAGAUCCAAAUUUAGUGGGCAAAGGGCAUCUGGGGCACAGGGACAGCAGCAAGGGAUGCCUACUAGUUUCAUGCAGCAGUUAUUUCAGCUGUCAUCACACCAACAUGCUCGGAGGCCUACCCCUUUGUGUAGUCCACCAGCGGCUCCACCAUUGCAGGUGGUUCACCAUUCCUCUGCACUUUUCUCUAGUAACCCUGCCAGACAACACAUUAGCCCUGUUGUUCCUUCAGCAGGGAACUUUCAAGUUGCCAGUGAACAACGGGCCCCAGCCCCUAACGUUCGGCCCUUCAGACCUUCCACAUCCAUGUCAGCACCCAAUAUCCAGCCUCUUCCUCACACCAUUCCCAGUCAGCAAGAACUUGGUAAUGCUGCUUCCACUUCUUCCAUGGUUCCUCAGCUUGCCUCCCGAGUACCUACCCAUUCAUCUGGGCCUUUUAGCAGGAGCAAACGACUAGAAAGUGCAGGAGAGUUGGCAGAUUUCAGUAGCCCUUCUUUUCCUGUUUUGGAUCUGCUAUUGGAUGUCAGCAACCAGGUUGGUGUGAACCCACCAAGUCUAUUACAGCCUCUUCCAGAUUUGGGUCCGACCUUGGAUGCAUUGGACCCAUCUGAACUCACCACAUAUGGAAGUUUACGAGGCACUGCUGCACGUACUGGUCCAGCAGCAGAUGUUUGCAUUUCUGGUAAUAACUAAUCGGAGGAUGAUAAAUUUUGUGCCAAGAUAAUGGUACGCAUGGAAGGUGAAGAGGCCUCAUUUUGUGUCUUUCAUUUUGGGUAAAAGAGGCCCAAAUUUUGUAAUAUAUUGUAACAUAGUCCCGGUAUUGUACUCUUCAGCUGGUCCCUGAAAUUAAUCUACAAAUUUUGCAUUAAAUGGAGCUUAUGAGGCAGUAAUCGCCAGGGAUGAACUGCAGAAGUUCUUCUCUGGGAACUUGCAGUUCUUAAUUCUGUGAAUGUCCUACUCUAUGGUGUGAGCUGUAUAAUUACAUUUCUU